AAAAACUAGUUUGGCGUACAUUUGAGUUGUGAGGCUGCAGAAGACGGUAGCUAAACACCAAUGGCGGGAACCAUGUUUUCCAAACGUCUUAUUCUAGGCGUGUUUUCUCGAGGCUUUUCACAGAAGGCAAUUUCUCUGAAAAUGACGCCUCAUGACUACCCAAUUGUAAAAGGAUCGGAAUACUGGAGGAGAAAAUUGCGCACUUUCUUUAAGGCGAUGGAUGCAACCAGAGACGGAUAUAUAACAAAGGAAGAUUAUGAAUUCAGUGCAUAUCGUCUGGCAAGUUAUAUGGGCCUCGAUGAAACAAAGGCAAAGGAGGUGCUGAAACUUCGCAUAGAAGUGUGGGAAGCAUUUAGCAAAGAUCCAAAGAAUUCUGAAGUGUACAAGAUAUCCGAAGACGAGUUCAUAUCCAACUACCUUGAUGUCAUCAAUACCAGUUUCCGUGACGCGCUUGUAGAUUUUGCCAGUCGUGAAUUCGAUGUUUAUGAUCUUGACGAAGACGGUUUCAUAUCAUCAAAGGAGCACAAAGCGUUUUUCUACAGUUGGAGAAUUCCGACGGAUUACUCGGCAGACACAUUUAAGGCACUGGAUACCGAUGGCGAUGGCUUGAUAAGCAGAGAUGAAUACAUCCAAGGCGCGGCUGAUUUCAUGUUUAGCGAAGAUGAAAACAGCCCUUACAAAAAUUUCCUGGGACCACUGUUAGAAUAGGAAAAUCACGAAACUUAGAAUCAGAGGUUUAAAACACCCCUGGUAUAGUAAACUUGAGGGCAAAUGCAAGCUAAAAAAAUGCAAGCGAAAACUAUUCUCUGAAAUGAAUUAACAUGAUUGACCAUGCAUCUAAUGUACAGGAGCACAUGGGAUGGUGAAUAUAACACAACAAAAACAAAGUUUGUGCUUUAAAAGUGUUUACUUUUUAUUGCACGAAUAUUAAUAUAUAUAUAUACUUAAAAAAAACUGGGAAAACUAUUUUUUAAAAGAUUCACAUAUAACAACGCAUUUAAUUUACCAUAAUGGAGAUAUUACUCUUGCCAUCGUCGUAAAAAUGUAAUUGCUGACCUGAAGCUGACAUGUUUUGUAUUUUUUAAUUUGUACUUUAUUUGUGACAUUACUACAUGUUUUGCACUCAUUACAGACAUCUCACGAUAACCCGAUUUUUAAGGGCUCGGAAUACUGGAUGGAGAAAUUCUUUCGGACAAAUUUAGGCGCGUUGCCAGCUAUGUGAACUUAAGUGGUAAGGUUUGGCAUGCAUUGAUGAUUGAAUUGCGUAUUUGCACUAUCAAAAUAACUUAUGGCAGUUAAUACAAACGAUUAUGAUCUUGACGGCGACGGUUUAUCUCCCCAAAGGAUCAUGGAGUGAUCAUGAAAACAAUUUGUUAUUUUGUCCCAACUGAUUCGUGUAAGAAAGGUCUUGAUUAUGAGAAGCUAAGAAAAUCAAAGCCCAUAAAUCAAAACAUAUAUCGGUACAGCUCCAUUCAAAAACUGUUGUUCAAGCAUACACCAAGGGAAGACGAAGACACAAACUCCCAUGACGUAUGUGGAUAAAAAACACAAAAAAUUGGACAGGAACAACAACCAGCAACUGUGCAGAGACAUCACGUGACCGAAGGGCUUGAGGUUCCGUUUGGGUCGAGCGUGAUUUUCGUUUAAUCAAAUUAUAAAUUCUGGAAGCUGUUGCUAAAGCUAUGAUUUUUAUGCUCAUUUCGUCAUCUCCAUCGUUUGGGCCAAGCACGGCGCCUGAUCGAUCAACCAUUUAUGCCUUUUGUUUAGACAAAUGGUAUAUUCUGGAAGCUGUUGCGAUAGGAAUGUUUUUUUUUUGUUCUAAGGGAUACUAUAAUAUAGUAAGUCACCAGAGAGUGACACAGCAAACUACAUGAAGACAUUUAUUUUAGUACACUGCAUCAGAUGUGCCUGUAGCAAUGUGAGGUCAUAUUAAACUUUCAGGUACUAUCAACAAUCUGCCUUGCUACACAGACAUUCCGUCACGUACAGAUACAUUAUGCCUGUUGACAGAUAAGGUGAAAAGGAUGUUGUAUUUAUAUAACCUGGAUAUUAUAUACCCACAUCACAUCAAGGUUUACCUUUAGUUGUCAUAAAAUUAUGUCAAAAAACCAUUGUGGUUUAGUUUGGCGUACAUUCGAGUUGUGAGGCUACAGCAGACGACAGCUAGACACCAAUGGCGGGAAUCACUUUUUCCAAACGUUUUAUUCUAAGCGUGUUUUCUCGAGGUUUUACAAAGAAGGCAAUUUCACCGAAAAUGGUGAGUGCACAUUCUAAGGCCUUUACUAAAUGAACAUAUGUAUAAACAUAUAUUUUGGGUAAAAGGAAAAAUGUAGAGAAUUGACUCUUUGAUUUCAAAGUGCCAUUGGGUCAACUUAGGUAUAAUUGCAUGUGUAAAAGAUGUGGACUGCGCUGCACUUAUUGAACAAAUAGAGCGAUGUGAUUUUUUACAA